AAAAUAACCAAAUUGGGUAUUUGCGUUUUAUUCUAUGUUUUUCCACAUCUAAACCCACAUCCAAUCCAGACUUCAAAAGUGGACCCUCCAAGUAAAUUACAAAAACCCGCUCAUAAAAUCCGUCUGAAAACGGAUCUCCACCAUCUCCUCCUCCUCCUUCCUCCGUCGGCCACCACAUCACCACCACCACAAAAUCCUUUCUCCGCUUAGCUCUCACACCCAUGGCCGACAACAGAAGCAGCGGAACCAAAGUUCCGACCACUGUAGAUGUGUAUCUCUACAUCCCUAACAUAAUCGGGUACAUAAGAAUUCUCAUGAAUUGCGUCGCCUUCGCAAUUUGCUUCCAAAACAAGAUCCUCUUCUCUUUUCUCUACCUCAUCAGCUUCGUCUGCGACGCCCUAGACGGCCACUUCGCCCGGAAGUUCAAUCAGGUUUCCACCUUCGGCGCGGUCCUCGACAUGGUCACCGAUCGGGUCAGCACCGCCUGCCUCCUGUUGAUCCUCUCCCAAGUCUACCGCCCGGGGUUAAUUUUCUUGUUCCUUUUGGCUCUUGAUAUUGGCAGCCACUGGUUCCAGAUGUACAGUACAUUCUUGCUGGGGAAAACUAGCCACAAAGACGUCAAGGACAGCACUAGCUGGCUCUUCAGGGCUUACUAUGGGAACAAAAUGUUCAUGGGUUUCUGUUGUGUUUCCUGUGAAGUUCUCUAUAUCAUGUUGUUUCUUCUGGCGGAGACUCAGAUUGAGAGCUUGAGAUUGGUGUUGGCAAAUGCUGUGAGGAGGAGUUGGAUCACGGCAGGGUUGCUUGGGUUGCUGGGGUUUGGAUGGGGAACCAAGCAGUUAGUAAAUUUGAUUCAGAUGAAAACUGCUGCCGAUGUUUGUGUUCUUCAUGAUAUCAACAACAAGAAGAAACAGUAACGCUGUUAGCUGUAGUUGUUUAUGACUUGUUAGAUCAUAUUUUGAAGUUGUGGUUUGGUAUGGAGUUGCUUUUUGUUUCUUUUUAUACCAAAAUUUGUUUUUCUUUCAGUUUCCAGCUUUUAAUGUGAAUGCUACAUGUUUUGAAUAGCUUCAUCACUAAUUUUGAUUUGUGCAGCCAGAAAUUUGGUAAUGUUCUUGGAAUAUUAUCAUUCCUUGAAACUCAGUUUAGACAGUUUAUUUUGUAUAGCAAUUGAUUUGUUUGCUGUACUGUCAAUGUGGGGAUGCUCAUUGUUCAAUCAUUUGUUGAAUUCAGUACUCAUUAGAUGAAGAAACUGAGGUAGUCUUUGAUUAGAAUUGUUGUGAAGGUAGAGAACGUAACCAUAAAUUUUUGUACUUGCCUUGAAUUGCUUAGUUUGAGGACUGGCGUGUGGAUUAUGCGGAUAAGUAUGAAUUGUAGUUUGAGUUUAUGUUUCUGUAUUCAAGAAUCCCUUCUUAAAUAGUCAGAUGCCACAGAGAUUAGUUGACACUACAUUGUAGCCUUUUACCAGCUAUGUGAAUUACUUUUCCGGAGCUUGAUAUUCGGCAGGCAAAAAUGGCAGGUCAUUAUGUGUAUUUCUUACUUUCCAUAUCUUAGACCGACACAUUAGGAUCUCGACUUUUCAUUAAUAACUGGAUAAUGAUGACUGAUCAAUGCUCAUCACUUCUGUUAGUUUAACGUGCCAUGUAGGUUCUUACUUGUUCUUUUGUGUGUUGUUCAAAACCCUGUAUGAUGGAGGAGAAACAAAAAAAUGGGUUCUUUUGUUACUGGUCUGAUCAUAUUCAUACGCAGUGCCGCAUUUUAAACAAUCCUGUGUGCUCAAGAAAAUGUUAUGUGUGCUUCAGCUUGCAAGCACUGAUAGGCCUAGAAUGUCCCUUGCAUGGGGAUCCAUUAUAGUUUAGGACUUCAAGACCUUAUCUGUGAUUAGAUUAUUGAAUUUAAUGAAGCAUACCAGUCGUAGAGUUAAACAGGAUCUGUUUCAGUUAGUUUUGAAGCAAAUGCUGUAGCCUUCUAGGACAACUCCUUCUCGCUGCAAUAGAAAUUUGGUAUAUUUUAAGACUAGGUAUGUUUUUAUUCAACAUUUGCCCCCAAGAUCAUUGUUCCUUUUAAUUAAUUAUUGUUUCAAAUUCCUGUACAUGGUGUUAUAGCUAGAUAUGCAGAUGUGGGGAGAUUUUCUUUCUUUCUUUUUUUUUUUUUUUUUUUUUUUUUUGUCUAUUUUCUACUACCAGCUUAAUGAGUAUUAUUAUUAUUAUCUAGUUGAAACCGGUUCCCAGAGUGGUUUUAAUCUUUCUCCUCUCGGAACUGUGUUGUUUUGUGGGGAAGAUACACGUGCUUACGGAUUUUUUUACCUUAAACAACUCGAUGCUCUUUCUCUUUGCCUCAUGAAUACUCCAGUUGCAGGUCGGCAUUGCCCUACACUGGAGAUAGGAAGUUGCUGUUCAAUAAUGCCAUUUCCGCGUGUUGUUUUGGUUUAUUUUUCAUUUUUUCUUUUUGAGAUCCGGGGUGCGUUGCUGUUUCUGCCUGCCUUUCUCCCUCGCAUACCCCAAUGUGGAACUGAGCGUUUUGACUGAUUUCCUUGUUUACCUUGAAUGCACCUUAGUUCAGAAUUGAUCUUUUGCAGUUUCAUCAUAUGUUGAUACCCUGAUCUGCAACAAAUCUUAUUAUAUCGAUUCUGUUAGCUUGCUUGCAGAAUUGUUUGCCCUGACUUCUGAAAUUCGGUG